UAACCAUGCACUAAAGUCCAGUGAAUCAGAUGCAUCACUGCAAUUAUCUGACCACACUUAUAUCAAAAGGGUCUAAUACCUGACCCCGGGGGGUUCUUGUGAGCUUCUGCCGCCGUGGGUUGGCGGUCGGGCUCGGCUCAGAUCUUCCAAAGAUUGGAUUUUUGAGGGGGCUGACGUUUGGUGCCGGCGGUUCUUGGCGUUGACCCCCGAGUCCCCAGUGCGUACGAGGAGGCAGCUCCCCAUCUGGAGGGGAGGCAUCCAGGCGUGCCGUGCGGCCGGUCGAUAGGUGGCCGGUAGAUUGGCUUGGCUGGCAGAUUGGAGUGGAGAGGCGGGGAGUCGAGAGAUGGGGAACUGCAUGGACACGGAGGCGCGGAUGGACCACAACGCGGCCUAUCAAUCGAAAGUAGGGACCAAAUCAAGCUCAUCAUCCAAUCCCUCUACGAUGAAAAGUGGUUCAACUCUGUCAUCUUUUACUCUUCCUUCAUACAAAGAAAGGAGCGAGCUUCCUACUCCUAGGACAGAAGGAGAAAUCUUAUCAUCACCAAAUUUGAAGGCAUUUUUAUUCAGUGAUCUCAAGAAUGCGACGAGGAACUUCCGGUCAGACAGUCUUAUUGGGGAAGGAGGAUUUGGCUUUGUAUUUAAAGGCUGGAUUGAUGAGCAAACGCUUGCUCCUUCAAAGCCAGGAAGUGGUAUGGUUGUAGCCAUCAAGAAACUAAAACCAGAAGGUUUCCAGGGCCACAAGGAAUGGCUGACAGAGGUUGACUACCUGGGCCAACUUCAGCACCAGAAUCUUGUUAAGCUCAUUGGUUAUUGCUCCGAUGGUAAUAACCGACUGCUGGUGUAUGAGUACAUGCCUAAAGGAAGUUUGGAGAAUCAUCUAUUCAGACGAGGCGCGGAUCCUUUACCCUGGGGAAUAAGACUUAAAGUUUCUAUUGGGGCUGCUAAGGGUUUAUCAUUUUUGCAUGAUGCUGAGAACCAAGUUAUAUACCGGGAUUUCAAGGCAUCAAACAUUCUCCUUGACUCGGAGUUCAAUGCAAAGCUUUCAGACUUUGGCUUGGCAAAAGCAGGUCCAACUGGGGAUAGAACCCAUGUUUCUACACAAGUCAUGGGUACACGAGGUUAUGCAGCUCCAGAAUAUGUUGCAACAGGUCGCCUCUCCGUAAAGGCAGAUGUCUACAGCUUCGGUGUCGUGCUGCUCGAGCUACUGACAGGAAGGCGAGCCCUAGACAAAUCAAAACUGGUAUCAGAGCAGAACCUGGUUGAGUGGGCACGACCCUACCUGAGCGACAAGCGCCGGCUCUACCGCAUCAUGGACUCGAAGCUGGGCGGGCAGUACCCGAAGAAAGAUGCCCACGCCGUCGCGAGCAUCGCCCUGCAGUGCAUCCGCAACGAGGCCAAGAUGCGGCCCCAGAUGUCGGAGAUCCUGGAGAAGCUGGAGCAGCUGCAGGACCCCAAGUACAACGUCACUACACCACAGGUUGACACACGAAGAACGUCAUCAGGAGCUAUCCCUAGGUCGCCCAUGAGGGCGCAGCCCUCGCCGCGGCGCAUGUCAGGCUCGGCAUCCCCGCUGCCAGUUUCCAGGACUACAGAAGCACACUAGACGUGCAAGCGUUCGCAAGCUAGGAUGGGAUGGUGUGUGUUUGUUGUAGCUGUUUGUUCUAUAGCUGUAUAUUUGGCUGUGUGCCACCAAUCGCUUAGUUUUUGUUUGUGAGGGUGAAUGUAUCUUUAGAGGAUGGUGUGUGGCUUCUUUUUCUCGUAUUUGAAGAUCUGGUGUGUGACUUGCAAGAGACUGAAAACCCUUCCGAUCAUUUGUUGGUUCUUUGAGCUGAUGGAUCUCAGUUUUGAGUGAA